GGUGGGGGUGGGGGUAGUGGAAGUGGUGGGGGAAAUAGUAUUGGAAGUGGUAGAGGGAGCAGAGGGUCCCGGGCAGAUUCUAAGUUGCCUGAACAGUACCCACCAGAAGAGAAUACACCGCCACUGCCCAUGCACCGAACUGAAAAGCACCGCCUACCAAAUGGCACCAUCCAUGCAGAGCUGGAAUACAUGCAAAAGAAAGGGUGGCCAAAUUCAAAGUCAGUUAAUGACUAUGUUGAAAUUGAGGCGGAGCGGGACAAGAGUGCAAAAACCAGCUCUGGAGGCAGCACACCCUCGGGGGGAUCUUCAAUUUCUCAGACUUCUGGGAUCAACACCAUCAUAGAGACUGAGAAGAAGCGAGUUAAUGCCUCAGUUCAGAGUAAUGGUUCAGCAAAAAUUCCUGGAUCACAUACAAAUAACUUACGAGAUUCAAGUUCGGGAGGUGGCGGGUCUGCAUCCCGAGACAAGAAAAAUAAAAACAAAGAAAGCAACAAAGACAGUUCUCAUGGUUCCAAAGAUGAGACUGUCACGCUAAUUCGGCUUGAAGCAGAUAUUAAGAGAUUGAAAGCAGAUCUACAAGCUUCUCGUCAAACAGAACAAGAACUGCGCAACCAAAUUAAUACACUCAUCUCCAGUGACAAAAUCACCCGACAGGAGAUGAACCAGUUGCAACAAGAUAAUGAUAACUUGCAAAAUAAACUACACGGGUUGGUAACAGCUCGUCAAAAUGAUAGGUCAACUAUCAGUAGCCUGGAGCGUCGAUUGCAGGAAGAAAGGCGUAUCCGCACCAAUGCAGAGAACCAGGUGGCACAGCUCGAACGUCGACAAAAGAAAGUCGAGGAGCAAGCACAAGCCAGAGCACAUGCCUUGGCCAAUGCAAAAACUGAGUGCAGUGAGGCUUGCCGCAAUCGCCGAAGUGAGCUUGAGGCAGAGGUGAAGCGUUUGCGCAGGGACCAUCGGCUUUCAGAAGAACGCGUCAGAACCAUGGAACGUGAGAACCUUGCUCUGCUGCAAUACAAAGAUAACCAAAAUGAUACAGAGGUACUUAUGUCUGCUCUCUCUGCCAUGCAAGACAAGAACACACAUCUGGAAACCUCACUUUCUGCUGAGACUCGAGUGAAGCUUGAUCUAUUCUCGGCUUUGGGUGAAGCCAAGCGCCAAUUGGAAAUAUCACAGAGCUUGGUGUCUACUAAGGACAAAGAAAUUGAAGAGCUGAAGGCAAAGAUUACUGAAGUACUGGCAGUGUGUCCUCCAACAAGUUUUUACAAAACAGCUGUGACUGCAGUCAGUCCGAAUGUUGAUUCUGGAGCCGAGGUGGAAUUGCCACGCUGGAAGCUGUCAAGGAAUGUUGCAAGAAUUGUGGCAUCUGUGUUUGCUGUAUAA